GUGGAAGAAGGUGAGUUUGAGUUCCUCUAUUCCCACUUGAAAGAUUCCAAAUGACAUACAAAACCCCAACCCAAAAUGACCAACAAACCAACUUUUCCUCUCCUAUUUAUCCCUUCCUCCAUUUCCUUUCCUUCUUCUCUCUUACUUACAACCAAAUCAAAAAAUUCCCAAAACACACAAACAAUAAUCAACCAUGCCUUCUCUUCACUCCAGCCCUUUCAUGGACAAUUCCGCCUUCCUCCCCCUCCUCCGUCACAUUACCAAACGCCCUAAAUCCUCCUCCUCCACCACCACCACCACCACCACCGGAGGAAGUGGCGGCGGAGGCGGCGGACUCCUUAAAAUGUUCAAAUUAUUCCCAAUGUUAACCUCCGGGUGCAAAAUGGUGGCCCUCCUUGGCCGCCCCAGAAAGCCCCUUUUAAAAGACAACGCGACGACGGGCACAAUCUUCGGCUACCGUAAAGGCAGAGUAAGCUUAGCGAUUCAAGAAGACCCUCACUGUCUUCCUAUAUUCGUAAUCGAAUUGCCGAUGCAGACGGCGGCACUGAACAAGGAAAUGGCGUCGGAUAUUCUGAGGAUCGCGCUGGAGAGCGAGACGAAGAGCCAUAAGAAGAAGGUAAUGGAGGAAUUCGUGUGGGCUGUUUAUUGUAAUGGAAGGAAAAUUGGGUAUUCGUUUAGAAGAAAACAAAUGUCGGAUGAUGAACUUCAUGUUAUGCAACAUUUAAGAGGGGUUUCAAUGGGUGCCGGAGUUUUGCCGUCUCCGGCGUCGGAAAAGGAUAAUUUGGAAGGGGAAUUGACAUAUAUGAGAGCUAGAUUUGAAAGGGUUAUUGGAUCUAAGGAUUCCGAAGCUUUGUAUAUGAUUAAUCCCGAUGGGGCUCCCGGCCCUGAGUUGAGUAUUUUCUUCGUCAGAUCUCAAUAGAAUAAUAUCCCUUUUUAUAUAUAUAACUAAAACAAAAAAACAAUCAAAACUCUGUUUCUAAUUUAA